ACACAUCAGUUUUUCACUGAGAGGUAGCCGUUCAAUUUAGAGAAUAUGAAUUCAUUUAUUGUUGGCUUCUCUGCUCUCGUGCUAUGCAUUGCUUCUUCUUCAGCUCAACACUCUUUUGGUUGGAAUCCCAACUUAAUUAUAUUAAAAGAAGCGGGACCCGCCGUCAAAGUUGAAUUAGGUUUGAUUGCUAAUUCUUGGCCAGGAGGUGUCUUUGUAAAGUGCAAAGCAGUUGCGCCGAAAGCAAAAAAAUUUAUUCACACCAGAGCCCCAAAUACCGCUCUCAAAUGGAAGCCUGUACCAGAAAAUAGUGUACAUGUGAUACCAUUUCUCAAUAAAAAGAUAUCUAUAUUCUUUAAAGCUGUAAAAGAUGGAAAAUGUCAUGAUCACACUUACAAGAUAAAGUUGACAUGUUGGAAGUUUGUCUUGAAGAAUAUUCCAAUAAAAAUAACAAAUAGCGUGCUCACCAUUAAAGUAAAAAACACUGAAACAGGUAGUAUGUGCGAUGAUCCUCAUCUUACUCAAAAAGUAUCUGGAAUUGAUGAAGAUGGCGAAAGUGUAACAAAAGAUGUUUGCUAUGAUCUCUAUGGAAAAUCUGGUGAUCAGAUGGAAUUGAUUAGUGAUAAUGUCUUAGGAACUUCGAUCGUUUUUGAACUUCGAGAUGAUUAUUAUAUCGGCAAAGUUUUCUAUGCUACAAAAUUGGGAUAUUUCAACUUUACUACCGACACUAUUUCUACAUCAAAAUCUUCAAGUUUCAAAUGGAAGAAAGAAGAUAGUUUUGUCAUUGGCGAAAAGGAGAAAUAUCCUCACGCAAUUAUCUCCAAAAAUGAAAUGGAUGUUCUUAUUGAAUACUAUGGUAAAGAUAGAUCUCAGUCCAUUAGGAUUGCUAAAAUCCAACAAUCAUUUGGUAAAAGCUAUUUGAACAUUCUGAUUGAAAAGUCAACAAGUUUCAAAGGCGUGUUUGACGAACAUCACGGUGGAAUUUUUGGUUUAAUUGCUAAUCAAGAUUAUGAAUUCUACGAACCAGUUCAAGAGACGAUCGAUUUGACUGUUGUUAAAAUAAAUGGAAGAUUUGUGAAGGCAUUCCUAACCGGCAAGCCUGGUGAUACUGAUAGAUGUUAUUCAAUGAGUUUGGGAGAUUUAAUGUUUCCAAAGAAUGCGUAUUCAUUCCAAAAGUCGUUGUAA